AUGUACAGCAAAACUCUCCUUCUUUCUGUCAUCUUGGCUGAGAUCUCGGCAACCCUGGCCACCCGAAACUCCCAUACCAGUUGCAGUCCUCUUACGCCGGCAGCACGCGUCACCAAUAGGCAUGUUCAUGGGCCCUUCCCUAUUCAACAGGUACUCGCAUAUCCGAGUGUAAGAGCUGGGUUGUUGGAGAGAAACACCGGAACGGACUUGGUCUGCUUCACUGCCAAUGCCGGGUCUUGUGCCGAAGUUUUGAAAUUUGCACACUGUUUGGCAUCCCGCACGUCUGAUGGUGAGGCAUGCGUCAUCAACCAAGGCUGCACGAUCCAACUCAUUCAGUGUCCACCAGAAGCCUUCCCCCUAAAAGACAACUCUGGGUGGAUGGACAAAGAUGGAUCCUCCAAGGACAAAGCUGGGCCAUUCAAUCCUGAAGACCAAGCAGGCGAGUCCCCAGCAGACUCAAUGCUCAUCGCUCGUACCCCAAAGGAGGAGCAAUUCGUCAUCCCAGCCGCCCCGGCUCAACCUCCCAAGCCGGAAUUGAAGAAGAAGUCACCAAUUGUGAUUGACAUCGAUCAGUCCAACACCAUUGCCGAAGAAGUCGACUCGGCAAUGCCAGACUCGGUCAAAGAAGCAAUGCUCAACAGCGACUCUGAUACUGCUGUUCAGUCCUUGGCUCAAGAGUUCUCCGGCGACACUCUUCCUCAAUAG